UGUUCCACGAUUUUUUUCUUUGGUUACGCUAAACCUGCACCAAUGUGACAAAUAUCAGGUUCUCGGACGAUCAUGCCAUGUUAGCAAGGUCACCGUCAACAGCUUCUUUCGCUGCGAUCAUGCUAUUCGCGGAAUUUUUUUGAUUCUGGCGUUUAGCUAUGCUCCUUCUCUAGAGUUUCUGUCCCAAGGCGCCUUGGAUGAAUGCGACGGCUCCAUGUUUUUCAUGUCUCUCCAUUCUGGCAGAACUUCUCGAGGUGCGGAGUGCUUCUAGGGUAGGGUGUCACUUGUACAAUGUGAUACCACAUUCAAGGUCGUUCGUGCUUUCUGCGCACAAGACCUAGCUCAUGUUGUCUGACGGUUCAGUCCAAGGCUUAUAAAGCUGCUGCAGACACUCCACUCCUUUCUCAAGCAUGUCUACAACACCACAGAACCAGAACAGCACCGUCGACCUCAACGCCUCGGAGGAGUCAAGUGUUGAAACCUUGGCUGCUCAACGAAGCGUUGUCAAGUCGACGUUAGUCGGACUAGCGUGUGCAAUGGCGCAAAUCGUUAACAGCACCAAUACUAGCGCUGUAUCUGUCGUGCUACCAACUCUGGCAAAAGACCUGAACAUUCCAGAAGCAAGAUUGAACUGGGUUGCGUCUGCAGGGCCAUUAGUCACAGGAUGUUUCUUGAUAAUGUUUGGUCGAAUUUGCGACCUUUAUGGUCGCAAGAAGCCAUUCGUAUUUGGUUCUUUAUGGAUGGCAUUUUUUACGUUAGCGCUCACCUUUGCUACUAACGAUAUCAGUAUGGACAUACUAAGAGGUUUACAAGGUUUAGGACGUGCCGCCAUGAUGCCUGCUGCAGUGGGAAUUCUCUCGGAUACAUUUAAAUCUCCCGAGGCCCGACGGAAAGCGUUCACUGCUUUCAGCGCAGGCCAGCCCAUCGGUACUGCUCUUGGCACAGUCGUCGGUGGUGCCUUAACCCAACUAACCAAACAAACCUGGAAAUCUCCGUUUUAUCUCAUUACGGGCCUCUCUGUAGCAACCUUGGCCCUUGGUGUAUACGCCAUUGAGGAAGACCCCCCUUCCAUCGAAAUGGAUCGCCGAAUUGACUGGAUUGGCCUGGUUCUCAUCAGCACUGGUCUCUUGCUUGUUGUAUUCGUCUUAUCUCAGGGUGAAACAGCACCGGAGGAAUGGAAAACUCCUUAUAUUAUUGCCCUCCUCGUCGUCGGCAUAGCGCUUGUGGUAGCAUUCUUUUUCUGGCAGCGCUACCUCGAAGGCAAGUAUAAUACGAAAACAGCGCCAUGGUGCUCACCACCAUUGAUGCGGGUGUCGUUAUGGAUGCGAGCAGGCGGCAGAGCCGCGGCUACAUUCUUCAUCACGCUCUUGACAUGGUGUGCUCUAUAUUCAUGGUUGUAUUGGGCUCAGUUGUAUUACCAGACCUUUAUUGGACUCCCGCCUCUCGUGACAGUCGUUCGCCUCCUACCCGCGUACAUCACUGGUGUGCUAUACAAUGUCAUUCUUACGAUGCUCAUAAGCCGGGUUCCCUUUGUACUUCUCAUGGUUUCCGGGAACGCUUUAACCGCCGUCGCGAGUCUGCUCUUCGCAGUGAUCGAUCCCAAGGCUGUUUAUUGGGCCUUCGGAUUCCCAGCCGCUGUUCUGGCGCCUGCAGGAGGGGGGUUUGCGUAUGCCUGUUCGAUGAUCUACCUUACGAAGGUAGCGAGGCCGCACGAGCAGAGCAUGGUUGGGGCUGUAGUUCAAACCAUGACACAGCUGGGCACAUCCCUGGGCGUUACAGUAUCCACUGUAAUUUUCGAUCAAGUAUCUCCAGAUUCAACAGACUCGCAAGAAAAUUCACCGGGUUUAGACAGUUACAAAGCAGCGCAAUGGACGACUCUCGCAUUUGCAGCCUUAGCCGCCUUGCUGGCCCUCAUCGCGUUUCAAGGUGUCGAAGUAGUGGAGCGCAAACGCGAGGUCUGCGACAGGGAGAGUGGCGAAUCCGUAAGCAGUGGCACGGUGACCGGAAAAUAAUAACACAACGCUCCCCUUUUUCCUUCUGUAUUUUUUGAGAGCGUAUAAUAUAUUUUGAACACUAUUGGCGUAUCGUCUAAGAUU